AAAUUCGGGUCCACGCUAGGGUAGCGGUCCAAAACUGCGGCUGGCCGUACCUGCGCUCGCCCCGCCGAGGCUGGCAGCAGCUGGAGCCACGCCUCCGCCGCACUGCACGGCCGCUGUCACGACGCCAUGGACGCUGCUCGCCUGCCAUGCGAUUUCUCUCCACCCCAACCCCAAGCUGCUCACGACCUGUAGUUGUCGCUGAAGCUGCUCCCGAGAAGACCUCUACAGAUCACUCCCCACCCCCACAUCCUAGCUGCAGCGUCGGCCUGCGUACGUGCAGCAGCCGCGACAUCCCCCCGCGCCUUCUUCAACCCCCGUGGCUUCGGAUGCUCCACUCCGUCUCCCUUGGACUUGUUUGUAACUGGCUUGAUCAGCGUUUCGACUCUCAAGUAACCGACCCGAGCUGCAACCUGCUGACUGAUGAGCGAAGGAUCAAGCCCACAAGAAAGCACCUCGCCGAUGCUGAGUCCUUAGGAAUAGUUUCUGCAAGAAAAACGUAAAAUGGCAGAAGCUUUGGUCAUAGUGGUUCUUCAGAAGAUUACCUCUGCACUUGGAGCAGAGGGGUUGAAAAUUAUCGGCUCAAAGUUACAGAAGCAGGUACCUGACGUGCAAGAAGUAAUCAACAGAAUGAGGCUACUCCAAAGUGAUUUGUCGAUGAUGCAAGCAUUCAUAAGUCAAGUAGAUGCUCACAGUUCCAGUGAUAAGUUACUGGGGGCCUGGCUGGAACAGGUAAGACAAGCAGCACAUGACGCUGAGGACAUUGUUGACGAGUACAUCUAUCUUGUUGGCCAAAUGGAAGGAACAAACAGUUUCCUAAAGAGAGCAUUGAACCAAGCAGCAGAUGUUAAAAGAUGGCGCAAGCUUGCAGCAGAUGCUAAAUUUGUGGAGGAUUGUCUUAAAAAGAUCACUGAGACAAAAGACAGGUUUGAUGUAUCAGCGGCCGACAGUAGGAGAGAUAAUGCAUUGAGUUAUUCUAGCAGAUUCCAACAUAUGUCUGAACACUCGUACCUGAAUGAUGAUUUUGUGGGGAACAAGGAAGAGGUGAAGUGCUUAACAGAAUGGCUAUCUGAUUUGAGGAAAGACCGCACUGUUAUCUCCAUAUGUGGAAUGGGAGGAUUAGGUAAGACGACAAUUGCUAGUAGCAUUUACAAGAAGGAAGAAAUUAAAAGAAUGUUUAUCUGCCGUGCAUGGAUCUCAGUAUCUCAAAGCUACAGGGUUAAAGAUCUCCUCCAAAAACUCUUACUGCAGCUUAUUUCAAAAAAUGAGAAUAUUCCGGAUGGGCUUGACACUAUGGAUUGCGUGAAUCUAGUUGAACUACUUAGAAGAUAUCUUAAGGACAGGAAAUACUUAAUUGUGUUGGAUGAUGUAUGGAGUAGGGACUCUUGGCCUUUACUAGAUAGUGCAUUUGUCAAGAAUGACAAUGGGAGCCGAAUUAUUGUCACAACUCGAAUCCAAGCUGUGGCAUCUGUGGCUGAUUCAAACCGUGAAAUGAAGCUUAGCUUACUACCGAAGGAGGAAGCAUGGACUCUUUUCUGUCAAAAGGCCUUCACAAGAUUAGAUGAUAGAAGUUGCCCCCUCAGUCUUAAGACCUGUGCUGAAAGAAUUGUAGGUAAGUGUCAAGGUUUGCCAUUGGCUCUUGUUGCUUUAGGGAGUCUUCUAUCCUACAAAGAAAUGGAUGAGCAUGAGUGGGAAUUGUUCUAUAGACAACUUAGGUGGCAGCUGAGUAGCAACCCAAUCAGUUACAACGAUCUCCCUAGUUACUUGAAGAACUGUUUUCUUUACUUGGGUUUGUUCCCUGAAGACUAUCAGAUAGAACGGAAACAGCUAAUCAGACUCUGGAUAGCUGAAGGAUUUGUUGAGGAUAGAGGACCUGAGGUGACACUGGCAGAUGUAGCUGCAUGUUACCUGAAGGAGUUAACUGAUCGUUCGUUGCUUCAAGUUGUUGACAGGAAUGAAUAUGGAAGGCCAAAGAGGUUUCAGAUGCAUGACCUUGUGAGGGAGAUAUCUCUGACAAUAUCCAAGAAGGAAAAGUUUGCUAUUACAUGGGACUAUCCUAACUCAGACUCCAGUUCUGAUGGAUCUCGUCGAGUCUCGGUACAGAAGGAUGGUAUUCUGAUGCCGGUGAAAACUUCUGCACAGUUCAGGUCCAUCAUCAUGUUUGUGGAGGAAGUAUCAUCGUCUUGGUUUAGGGACUGUUAUCCAAGUUUUAGAUUGUUGAGGGUCUUGAGCCUGAGACACUGCCAUAUUCAGAAAAUUCCAGAUAUCAUGUCUAAUCUGUUUAACUUGCAUUACCUUGACUUGGGAUAUACAUUACUCAAGGAGAUACCAAGAUCUAUUGGGAAGCUUAGCAAUCUUCAGACGCUGUAUCUCAAAGGUUCUGUACUCGAGUUGCCAAGUGAAGUAACUAUGUUAACAAAGCUUCAGCACCUAAUCAUAGAUGUUGGAAGGUUUGGCAGUUCAGCAAGUAACAAAAUAUGUCGCCAGGAACAUCUGCAGACUCUGAAAUACAUAGAAGCCAACAGCUGCGUUGUUAGAAAUCUUGGAUGCUUGACUAGGAUUAGAAGCCUUGGCAUUAGGAAGGUGCUAGAAUCCUACAACACAGAUUUGUGGACUUCAGUAAGCAAUAUGAAAGCUUUGGCUGCGUUGUCUGUGAUUUCUGCUGAUCGCGACAGAGAUAUUCUUGAUCUGUCAGACUUGAAACCGUUACCAUACCUGGAGAAGCUUAUGUUAAGCGGCAGGCUAGAUAAAGGAGCUAUUCCUCCUCCAUUUGGCCACUUCCCCAGACUGAAAAGCUUGCGGCUUUGCUUUUCUGGGCUCCAUGAAGACCCACUUGCUUUACUUGCUGUCAUGUUUCAGAAUCUAGGCCACCUUAACCUGUACCGGUGCUAUGACGGUACGAGACUGACAUUUCGUGCCAGGUGGUUCCCUAUGCUCAAGCACCUCUACUUGAGCUCCAUGGGUGAGUUGAAGGAGGUUGAGAUUGAGGACGGCACCAUGAGAGCCUUGCGUCGGCUAGAGCUCUGGGGCUUGAAAAGCUUGACGUCGGUACCAGAGGGCCUUGUACACCUUAAAUCACUCCAACAGCUGUGCAUUGGCUCGAUGAUGCCUGAAGAGUUCAAAACAAGGUUAGAAGGACGCGACCGAUGGAUUAUUGAACACAUCCCCUACAUUGGAGAUCCGUGAUCAAGAGGACAGUCACAUGCAAGCAUCAAUCGUAUGCGUUGCCCAGUAAAAGUUUGAUCAUUUGAUCUUUUUUUUUUCUUUUGAGGAGAAGAUCAUUUGAUCUUGUUAUGUUUCACGAUUUAAUCUGUUGUAUCUUGUCUAAUGUAUAUGCAUGCUGUUCAUGCUUCAAUAAGCUACCCUGUUUCCCUUGAAAUAGCAGUGCUAUCACAAAGUAACACUUGACGCGAUUAGUCAUCAGAGAAUUGUGCGAAAGCCACAUGUAGUUUCAAAUAAAUCUCUGUGCAUUCAUACAUGAGUGCAGAGAGAGAAGCUCCAUGAUUUGAA